AUGGCAAUUGCAAACAAGAUGAGUAUACAUGGCGAGAAGAUGGAAGACGUGACCAUCAUAGAAAAGAUCCUGCGAUCUAUAACUACAAAGUUUGAUUACGUUGUGUGCUCCAUUGAGGAGUCAAAUGACGUUAAGAAGCUUUCAAUUGAUGAGCUACAGAGUUCCUUGCUUGUUCAUGAGCAGAAGAUCAAUCGGAGCACAUCUAAGGAACAUGCGUUGAAAGUUUCAACAAAUAAUGAUUCUCCGGCAGUAAGAGGUCGUGGUGGUCAUGGACGAGGACGUGGUAGAGGCGGCAGCCAUGGAAGAGGUCGAGGUAGCAGAGAUAGGAACAAAUCCAAUGAUGAUUCAGGCAGUAGCAGCAGAGGCUAUUAUAAUUCUGGAGGCAACAGCAGCAGAAGCCGAAGGCAGUCAUACAAUCAUGAUUCGAAUGUCGACAAAUCAAAUGUCUAG